AUGCAAGAAGCUGUGCUUGCAGACUUGUGUGCAGAGGUAAGCAUUGCCAAAUGCAAGAGAGCAAAGAAGAUUGUUAUGGAGAGACUAAUUGACUCAACAAAUGGGGAAUUUUCUAGGGUCUUCGACUACCAUCUAGAGCUAGUGAGAAGCAAUCCAGGAAGUAUAGUUGCAGUAACAUUGAACCCAGAUGUUGUUGAUAGACCAGUGUUCGAGAGGAUGUAUGUGUGCCUUGAUGCCUGCAAGAAAGGUUUCAUGGCAGGUUGUAGAAGAGUUGUGGGGCUGGAUGGAUGCUUUCUGAAGGGAGCAGUAAGUGGACAAUUGUUGUGCGCUGUAGGAAGAGAUGCUAACAAUCAAAUGUACCCAAUUUCGUGGGCAUGUGUUGAAGUUGAGAGUUAUGACAGCUGGUAUUGGUUCUUGUCAUAUCUUCAGAAGGACAUCCAAAUUAAUAAUCAUGGAGAAGGAUGGGUGAUUAUUUCAGAUCAACAAAAGGGGCUUAUCAAGGCGGUGAGUGAGAUAGUGCCGCAAGCAGAGCACAGGAUGUGUGCUAGGCAUAUUUAUGCUAAUUGGAAGAAAUUACAUAGAGACAAGAAAUUUCAGAAAAUGUUCUGGUGCUGUGCGAAGUCAUCUGAUAGAACUGGUUUUAACUAUCACAGGGCUAAGUUAGCUCAAAAAACUCCAGAAGGGGCAAAAGACAUGAUGAAAACAUCUCCUGAACAUUGGAGCAGAGCUUUCUUCAAGUUGCACAAUAACUGUGAUUCAGUGGAGAACAACCUGUGUGAGUCAUUCAACAAUGCUAUCAUCAGAUCUCGAUUCUAUCCUAUAAUCACUUCAAUGGAGAUUAUUAGGAAGAAAGUAACUGUGAGGAUUCAGGAAAACAGGACAAAGUCAGAGAAAUGGCAUGGUACAAUUUGUCCAAAUAUUUUUAAAAAGUUGAAGUUAAACAUCAAGAGAUCUGCUAUUUGCCAAGUGUUAUGGAAUGGGAAAGAUGGUUUUGAGGUUCAAGAAGGAGAGCACAGGAGAUUUACAGUGAACUUGGAGAAUUUGACUUGCUCUUGCAGGUACUGGGAACUAUCUGGGUUGCCUUGUUGUCAUGCAAUUACUGCAAUUUAUAGAGUGCACAAGGAACUUGAUGAUUUCAUUGCACCUUGCUACAAGAUCAGCGAAUACAAUCCUAUAUAA